UUCCCCAAACGUAAAAAAGUGGCGGAUGAUAACUUGAAAUCAAAAUGUCGAGUUAUAGGAUUGGUAUGAAUUUAAGGGUCACAGAAGACAGUAAUCAAGGUGGCCGUCGUUAUAUGGAAGAUAGACAUGCGAUUAGAUUUGUGAAAAACGAGGAAGGGGGAUUUGAAUUUGCUUACUUUGGGAUAUUCGAUGGUCAUGGCGGAGGCGAAGCUUCAAAAUAUGCCCGUGAUUAUUUGCUCGAUGAGAUCACAAAGUACGACUGUUUCUGGAGUGACAAUGAUGAUGAUAUAUUAUACGCUAUUAAAUCUGCAUUUCUGGAUACGCAUUAUGGAAUGUGGAAGGAAGUUGAUAAGUGGCCAAAGACUGGUAGCGGAUUACCCAGUACAGCAGGCACGACAGCCAGUAUUGCUAUUAUCAAGAACUCCAAAUUGUACAUAGGCCACGUUGGGGAUUCAGCUAUCAUUAUUGGAAGGAAUCAACCCAAGAAAGAAAAGCAUGUGGGAGUGAGAAGUGCACAAAUGUUGACCAAGGAUCACAAGCCGGAUGAUCCAACAGAGCUGGCGAGGAUAGAGUCGAGUGGGGGACAGGUUGUGGCAAAGUCAGGGGUUCAGAGGGUUGUGUGGAAUCGUCCCCGCACCAGCCACCGCGGACCUAUACGCAGAAGCACACAGAUAGACAGAAUACCUUUCCUAGCAGUGGCGAGAUCAUUGGGAGAUUUGUGGAGUUACAACUAUUUUAAGGAAGAGUUUGUCGUGUCGCCGGAGCCUGACGUCUGUGUGCAUAAGCUGGAUCCAAGCGUAGAUAAGUGCCUCGUAAUUGGAUCAGACGGACUGUGGAACAUGUUGUCCGCUGAUGAGUCUGUCCACCAAGUGUUUGACUUGGAGAAUCAGUUUGAACACAAGGUUAUAAAUGAUCCAACUGUGCCGCUGUCAUAUUGGAUCAACCCGGCAGAACGUCUUGUCCAGGCAGCCUUGACCAAAUGGCGGAUGAGGAUGAUGAAGGCUGACAACACUAGCGCCAUUGUGGUCCUGAUAGAUCCACUUGGUCCGCGGAAACUCUCAAUUCUUCGUAAGAAGCGAGAAGAAAGGAUGAAGGAACUUGCAGAAAAGAGAAUUAACAACAGUAAAUCUGUAUCAGAUAUGUUGACUGCAAAUGAGACCUUACACAAGCCUUCCCCCAAGAGGCAUGGUGAUAAAGAAGGGGAAAAUAGUUUUGUAAAUGUCAAAGUUAUGGUGAAAGGGAAAGAAACUCCACAGGCUCCAAACUUUGGGCUGGCGCCCCAGAAAUCUCCGGCGAGUCCAUCGUUGGACGAUAGCAUCCAGUUGAGAAACGGUCAUGUAAUAUCGCCAGUAAGUGCAAGUAAGAACCAGGAUGUGAAGCAUAUAAAAUCUGCACCAGUUGUGAAAGACAAGCCUCAGACUGUUGUGUCUCAUUCCACAGAUAAUCUGGCUAAUGGACCGACUAGAAUGGCUACCAGGCUUUCUCCACAGAAAUCGCCAUUAGGUCAGAAUUCUGCUUCACAAAAUUCACCAAAUGUGCAAAAUGACAUGGCAGUGAAAAGUAUUUGUGGUAAGGCAAACUCUGCGCCUGCCAAGAGCAAUAGUGUUAGUCCGAGUCAACAGAAAAGUGUUAGUCCGAAUCAGCAGAAGUGUCUACAGCCAAGCAAGGGUACGUCAGAAAAUGUGAAAAAUGUAACGCCACCUAAGUUGCAGACUGGCAUGAAAGUGAAAGACUUGGAAAAUCUGUAUGCCUCAGUCGUACAGUUCAACAAAGGGCAUUUAAAUGUGAAAACUAAUCAGAAGUGUAACAAAACUGGUAAGAAUUUGAACAAUUCCAGUACGCCAAGUGAAGGACUUCGCUCCACCAAGAAACCUCAUAGCACAAAGAGCCUUUCAACAAGGAUCAGUUUGAGAUUGCGGCGUCUACGGCAAAGAAGUGUGAACAAAAACAAGAGCCAAAGAGAAAACAAGAGCAUUCUUUCAACAAAGACGGGAAUCAAGAGAAAACUGGAUUCUGGGCAGUCUAAUAGUGCUCCUGCCUUGAAGAAAAUUAAGCACUCUUAGUUUUGAACAGUAUUAUGAGUACUGCACAAAAAAAAUGUUGCAAAAUUGAGAUUUUAGCAUUUACUAUACAUAGUUGUGUGCUGUAGAAUGAAUUUUUACCUGGUUGUUGGUGAAUAAUUAACGAAAUGUAACUUUACUUUUUAUCAGAAUCCAUUACAUUUAUUGUCUUUUUUUUGAAACAGUAACAGAAUUUUUUUUUAAACGAAAUUAAUUAAUCAUACAUGUAUUUUAAUGUUUCCAAAUUCUUAUAGUAAGCAAUAAUUGAAUAUUUUCAACUGCAUUUUAAUAUUUAAAAAAUAGUUUUACUUUUAUGAAAUUGUGCUGAGCUAUUGUGUGCAAGUGUUAUUUUAAAUGUAAUAUUUGUAAGUUCUUGUUACAAAUAGUACUAUUUAUGUUUUCAAUGAAUUCUAUUUAUUUGUAAUAUGUAAAUAUAGUAUUUGUUAUUUGGCCAAAUAAAAAAAAUAGGUCUGUUUCAGGUUACCCGACCGACCCUAUUUUUUCCCGCCGACCCUAACCUAUUUUUCCCUGAAAAAAAUGUGAUUUGGGUACGAAAAGCAUUUGUUACGAAAUGUAUGUACGUAAAGUUGACAAUAUUAGAGUUGGAUUUCUGAAUGUAUUAACCGUACUUCACUUUGGAGUUCGGACACCUUACAAUAAUUAAUUUUUCGCUCUCCGAAUUCAUAGAAAAUAACCAUUUUUACAUUUUAUCUACAUGUAUGGUAAACCGGUCUUUUUUCUUCAUGUCUACAUUUUACCACUUAUUAAUUUAUCCGUAGUUAUCAAUGGUUAUUACGCCUAUAAGUGUAACUCCUUCAUCAAGUUAAUUAAAAUCCCAUUCAACACCAUUUUAUACAUGCAUUGAAAUGAAUAAACACUAUUUUCUUGUCAGAUACAAAUGUGUCAAAAGUGUGCAAUUUUGGCAAUAAAACCUGCAUGUUACUUGUUCUUCAAACCUGAACCCCCAGGUCCUCUUGACAGCAUUGAGGUUUCCUUGGCUAAUGGCUUAUAUGGUUAAUUUGCUGUCCCACUCUUCAUGUAAUUAUGUACCAGGGAGGUUAGCAUUCUACAGAGGGUGAUUGAAGGCAAAAGGGUGCAUAAAGAAAAGUAAAACCGUUCCUGGAAAGUCUUAAAUAAUAGCAGAGUGGUGUACCAUAACUUAGUUGAAAUCCAACCAUCAUUGUCAAAAGUAUUUAACCAAACAAAUAAAGAAUGUUUCCUUUGAAGCAUGGAACAUGUUUAAAAACUACUGAUAAACCUGAAAAUUGAUGACUUUUACUUUUGUUACUUUCCGAGUCAACAGUUACUGAAAUCAAUAUAUCAAAAAAAUAUAUAAAAAAAAUAUUCUGACCUACCUACCCUAUUUUUUUUGGCAGCGUUACCUGAAACGCACCUAUUUUUUUAUUUGGCCUUAGAAAAUGAAUUGUACAAUUUUGUUUUUAUCCUAAAUUAAUAUUUGAAGUUAACUUGAAUUGACUGGGAUAAUUAAUCAAUACAAUCUUUAAAUUUUUAAGAAAUUUGAUAUGAGUGAUACAUUGUUUACAUCAAGCAUUUAAAAUCUAUGCUUUUCAAACUUCUAAGUGCAAGCAUUUUUUUCAUCCAACUAAAAAAUUAUUGAGGGCCUGGUUCAGGUUUUAUAAUUUUUCUAUGUUUGCAAGUCUGGAAAAAAUGCCUCAAACUUGCCUUUCAUUAUGCCCUGUAACAAAAUUUAAAUUUCCAUACUAGUUACUAGAUUUUAUUUAAAUUUUUGACAUACAAAUCCAUUAUUCACCAAUAAAGCGCCCAUGCAAAAUAAAUGAAGUCAAAAUUCAGCAGCCAAUUGUGUUACACUGGUUAAUUCACUGGCUUGGUUUAAGCCUAUAUGUUUUUUGAUUGGUCAAUAUUUAUGAUUAGAGCUAUUCCAGUAAAAAUAUAUAACCAACAAGGGGAAGGCAAUUAUUUUCAUAGUAUAUCAUGGGCGGGUGUCUUUCUCACUAGUUUGAACCCCAAUUUUAGGGUAAGUUUGCUUCUGUAGGGGGUGGAGGGUAUAAUUUUUGAUAAAGUGCCUUUUCCGUUGUUUAUAUGUCUAAAUGAAUUAGCCCUUAUCAGAUAUCUAACAAUAACAAUUAACCAAUUAGAUCAUUUAUGUGUGCAAACUUGCCAGAAUAAAACCUUUGGACACCUUAUUUAGGUUAUAUGUACAGUUGGUUGCUGAAGGUUACUGUAUUUUUCAAGUGUACUCGGUAAUGAACUUUUUAUGUUAUUUUUUAUUUUGUUAAUCAUACUUUGUUAGACUUUAUAUUCACGGUAUAAUAGAUAAAGGAUGGCCAAUAUCCAAUAUCCUGCUAUAAACUAAGUAACUUGUGUGAUGUGUAUGUUCAAAUAGUGAAUCCUAUGUUUAUUUGUGUUUGACUGUUAUUAUGUGUGAAGUGACAACCUCAGGGAUAGUGACUUAUUAGGAUGAUAAUUAGGGCGAGCCUAUAUACAAAAACCCACCACAACUCAGUUUGUUGAAUAAUAUUUAUAAUAGCAUUAUGCUUUGUCAACAUAUUUUGCCGCUGUACGAAAAUAAUGCCAUCACAAAAAAAUAUGGUAUUUCUUUUGAACAGACUGGUGAAAACAGUGGACAAAUAGUAUUUUGCUUUAAGGCCGCACUCCCACAGGUUGGCAUUUUGGCUUUUAAUUUUGUCUCAAUAUCAGGUAAUUUUGGCAUUAAUGCCUUCAGUUCAGUCAUAUAAGAUGACCCACAUUAGAAUCAAUAGAUCUGAUUUGUUCUGAAAACUGCAGAAAAUCUCAUUUUUCUUUAUGUGAUAUUAACGCUUUUAGCCAUAAAAAAUAAAUUUUUGAAUGUUAAUAUAAAAAAAAAUGAAGCAGUCUUAUAUUACUGGCAUUAACGCUAAAAUUGGCUCAUUCCAAGAUAAAAAAUAAAAUAGUUUUCAAAAUGGUCAAUCUGUGUGAGUGCAGCUUUAACUAUAAUGGUUCUUUUUUGUUUUCAUUUAUAGUUAAACUUGUAUUUGUUUAUUAAAAUAGUGAUGAAUUUAUACACUAAAUUGUUAUUAUUAUUACUGUUCAGUUUAGUCUUAAUGUAAGAAGUUUUUACAUAACAUGCUUGAUGUCAUUAUUGACUUAUAUUUUGUAAAUUUUAUGAAAUAUUGACCAGUUUAUUUUGGUUACUCAAUUUACUAAAUUUCUGCACAGCCCCACCAUCUCUGACCAAAUAAGAUUUCAGGACUUUUUGUGAAUAUCCAACAUAUUUUUUUGUAAUGCUCAUUAUUAUGAUAAAUUGAAUAAUUAAACUUCUUUUAUUAUUAUCAUUUUCACAUAACUGAUCUUGAUUGUAUUGUUUAAGCUGGAAACUGCAUAGGAAAUAAUAAAAAUAAAAUGCUACCUUCCUUUGAUGGGAUUGAAAGUGCUCUCGGGACACUUGUGGACCAAGCUGAUACAAUGUACAACCAGUUUUAAAGCCUGUAUCACUUAUCUUUGAAAGGAAGGUUAAGCAAAUGGUAAUUUAUUCAACAGCAAUAUUAGGACCUUGUAAUUGAAAGUUUCAAAUAAGUAAUCUGAUGAAAAUUACUUUAUUAAUUCAUGAGAUUAAUCCUAGAAAGUACCAAUGACGAUUACUGUAGUUGUCCUUCAAAUGGCUUCCGUUAUAAAGUUUCAAUUCAGGGCUUUUGAGCUCUUCAUUUUUGGAAUUAUUUUUGCUUGUGAACACUUCAAAUAGGGAAAUUUUUACAUUCUUCUGUGUAAUUGCUUCAAGUCCAUUUAUUUAAGUUUAAAAUUGACAUACAAUCAGAAACAAACACAUCUAUUAUAACAUCGUUACAAGCAGUGAUAACAUGAUUUAACAAAGUAAUCAUUUUUGGGAAGGAAGUGUCUAUAAAUUGGUGCCGAAUUCUACUUCAUGCUAAAGAAGGACAAACGCUCUAGUUUGAUUUUUAAACAUUUAUCUACAGGAGAACAAAUCACAAAUGUGAAAAAUUUAAUUUCUAAAAGCUUGCUGAGGGCUAUUCCAUUUAAACAUAUAACCCCAGGGGGGAAGGCACUUGUGAAUUAUGCCAACUCUGUACAGAAGCAAAUUCACCCUUCUGGGGUCAAAAUAAUCAAAAAGAGACGCCCACCCACAUACUGUUUAAAUAAUUGCCUCCCCCCUGGGGGUUAUAUGUUUUACUGAAAUAGCCAUGAUGGCAUUACUGGGUAAAAGCAAUCAAAUAGUGGUGUUUGUUUUUGAGAGUUUAUUGUAGACACAACAAUAUCAUACCAUGUUAUUCUAGCCUUGGAGAUAUGUGUGCCUUUUUGAAUAUAUGUGAAACUGUAGUUGUUACACUGUUACAAUUAUAUGAAUAUGUGUACAUGAAUUUGAUGAUCUCAUUUUCUAUUGACAUUAUAACUAUGCAACUUGAGUUUGCGAUGUUGGUUAAAAAAGAAAUGUUUUCAUAUUAUUUGUUCAUCUAUUUUCAAAAGAGGAAAAGUUGAGGUUGAGGUAUAGACAUAGCCUUUGUGAUGUCAGCAGCAACUGUUUAUGGCUGUUUGCAUCAUUCAAGAACUUAAAUGUUUUUGUUACAAUUUUGAAAUAAGAUUAUUUAUGUAGCAUGACUUUUCCUUUUGGAUUGAAUACUUGAGUCACUUGCUCGAAGAUAUUAAGAGGUUGGAAGUUAACAUGGAGAAAUGAAAAUUAGUGUUAUGCAAAUUCUGUGCAUUAUGAAAUAAUAUUGUUACGAGAUGAAAACCUGAUGUUAUAAACGCUGUAUAAGUAUCCGUUUUAUGAAAAGUUGGAAUUGUUUUAUUGAUCAAACAUCAUAUUUUUACUGUCAUAGGUUUUACCUGGAUCUUUCUACAUAUUUUUGCAACAUUUUAGAAGAAAAUCAACUAUUUUAAAUUUGAACAAAUGUGACUAUUCAUUAAAUAUAUUUUAUUUUAAAAAUGUUUUACUAUAGAUUAAGUGACACUUCUGUAUUGUCACGUUGACACAUAUUUUACAAUAAAUUUGUUUACUCUGGUA